AAAGCAACCCAAUUAGCCGCUUCAAGGGACAAGCACAGCUCAAGCUUUGUCUGUCACUCGAGCUCUGGUCCUGGUGGCCCCACUGCUGCAGAAGUAGCUUGGCUUGGCUGGCCUUGGUGCUGAGGCUGGGGAAGAGUACAGCUCCCUGGGAGAAUCAUGCUCCUUUCUCUUUGGGAAGGAGCCUCCCUGCUGACCCUCCUCCUCGUGUCUACUGUUCUCCUGAUCCUAGCAUUUUAUGUGCAGAGGGGGAGACAGCACCCUAACUUUCCUCCAGGCCCUCCUCUACUGCCCAUAUUUGGCAACAUCUUUCAGAUGGACCCUAAAAAGCCCCAAGACACCUUCCAGGAGUUUGCCAAGAAAUAUGGAAAUAUUUUCUGCUUGAAACUCUUUGGUGCUCCCAUGAUAUGUGUGACUGGAUUACCACUGAUAAAGGAAGUCCUGCUCAAACAAGGCCAGGUGUUUAUUGAUCGCCCACAAACUCCUUGGAGUUCUUAUGCCUUUAAACACCAUGGCAUAAGUUUGUCUAAUGGACAAAUUUGGAAAGACCAAAGAAGAUUUACUUUAAUGACCCUAAGGAAUUUUGGUUUGGGAAAGAAGACCUUGGAAUUUCGCAUCCAGGAAGAGGCCACAUACCUCACUGAGGCCAUCAAGGAAGAAAAAGGACAGCCCUUUGACCCCCACUUUCAGAUCAACAAUGCUGUUUCCAAUAUCAUCUGUUCUGUCACUUUUGGGUAUCGCUUUGAGUAUCAUGAUUCCCAAUUUCGAGAGCUUCUGAAGAUCUUGGAUGAAGUCAUGGUGCUUCACGGAAGGUGGGAGUGUCAGUUAUUCGAAAUGUUUCCUUGGAUAAUGAGAUUCUUACCAGGACCUCACCAUAAGCUCUUUAGAGAAUGGAAGAAACUACAGUCUUUUGUAACCCAAAUAAUCAAACAACACAAAGAAGAUCAGAACUCAGAGGAGGCCCAGGACUACAUUGAUGCUUACCUGAAGGAGCUGUCCAAGGGUGAUGUCAGCUCUAGUUUUAGUGAAGGCAAUUUAGCUUCGUGCACCCUGGAUAUCUUCUUUGCUGGAACAGAAACAACUUCAACCACUCUGCGGUGGGCUCUGCUGUAUAUGGCCCUUUAUCCAGAAAUUCAAGGCAAAAUACAAGCUGAGAUUGACAGGGUGAUUGGCCAGUCCCGGCAGCCCACCAUGGCUGAUAAAGAAAAUAUGCCCUACACUAAUGCGGCCAUCCAUGAAGUCCAGAGAAUGGGCAAUAUCAUUCCUAUUAAUGUGCCCAGGGUGGCCACAGUUGAUACCACAGUUGCAGGAUAUCAUGUGCCAAAGGGGACUGUGCUGAUGACCAAUCUGACUGCCUUGCACAGGGACCCCAAGGAGUGGGCUACCCCUGAAACCUUCAACCCAGAACAUUUUCUGGAGAAUGGUCAAUUUAAGAAAAGAGAGUCCUUUCUGCCUUUCUCAGCAGGGAAGAGGGUCUGCCUGGGAGAACAGCUGGCUCGGGCUGAGCUCUUCAUUUUCUUCACUUGCCUGCUUCAGAGAUUCACAUUCCAGGCUCCCCCAGACACCCAGCUGAGUCUGGACUUCCGAACUGGUGUGACCAUCUCUCCUGUCCCCUACAAAAUCUGUGCUCUUCCUCGGGAGACACAACCCAAGCUUGACCUAUAGGGGAGCCUGUCCAGGGGAUGGGGAAGGAUGUGGAACUAGCCUUAUCUUCCAUGGUCAUCUAUCCAGCCUUUUGGAACUUGGAUGGGGGAAAGAAGAGAAGUUAAGAAGGGAAGAAGAAGGGAAACAAUGGGAGGAUAGCUAUGGCCAAAAUUGAACCUUCCUCCUCAGAAAAAAGAGAGGUAAUAACACCACCCAAGGAAAGCAGAAUCUUUAUUGCAUUGGGAGGUUAAGGACCUGGUGAAAAUCUUAGCUCUGCAACUUACUAGAUGAGUGACCUUGGAUCACUUAAAUCUCUCUCUAAUUCCAUUUCCUCAAGUAUAAAAUGAGGAAGAGAUUAUCUAAAAUCCCUUUAUGUUCUAUAUCUAAAACCUUGUGAUGAUAUGAAUAAGAGAGAACCAAUGCUUUUCCGCCCCUAAUCAAGCAUUGGGGCCAGAGGAUAUUUUUGUUUGCUUGGUUGGUUACACAUCUCCUGAUCUUGUAAUUCAUGUAAUAAAAGUGACUUUAGGGGGCAGCUGGGUAGCUCAGUGAAUUGAGAGCCAGGCCUAGAGAUGGGAGGUCCUGGGUUCAAAUGUGACUUCAGCCACUUCCUAGCUAUAUGACCCUGGGCAAGUCACUUGACCCCCAUUGCCUAGCCCUUACCACUCUUCUGCCUUGGAGCCAAUACACAGUAUUGACUCCAAGAUGGAAGGUAAGGGUUUAAAAAAAAGUGACUUUAGGAGAGGUUUCAGAGAGUUUAUGUGAGUUUUAGGAGCUGUGUAUAUGUUGAUGGGGAAGAUCUUUAGAGAUUGUCAACAUUCUGUGGAUUGGGAAUGUUUUUAUUAUGUCUUUGGAUCUCCAUCAUCUAGUCAAGAGCCUUGCCUAGAGAAGGACCCCAAGUAAUCCUUGCUCAUUCGUUUAUUGCUAAAUCAUGCAAAAGUUUUUCCAAACAUGUUCAUGUUCACUAUUUCCUCUGAUUUUCACAGUGUGAAAUAUUAAUCAAUCAGCCAAUGUGCUAGUUCCUCUUUCCUAUGAAAAACCUUGUUAUAGAAAAUUAAUCAGAAUUAUUCCACUAUCAAUUAUAGUCACCCGGGGAUAGAAACACUCUCCCCUUGAGUAUGGAACCAGAAAAACAAUAACUGAUAGCAUAACCGAUGCUUGGUGUAUGGUUUUUAGGGGGGAAAAGGGGAACUGUUAUAUGUAGUAAGAAUUUAGGCUCAUCCAAGAGUCUAUGUAUAUAACCAGAUUAAGAAUUUAGUUCCAGAUGAAUAUAUGUAAGUAUAUGGAUUGUUAGAGUAAUUUAAAGUGUAUGUUAUUGAUCAUAUUGAUCAUAAGUAAGUUAUUGUGGAAUCAUGGGUGUGCCAAUCCAUUCAACAAUGUACUCUAAGCAAGCUAGUUCAUAUAGAAAGUUGCAGAAAAUGGAAGAUUGCCAAAAUUUCAUGGAGGUCUCUGGGCCUGCCAACUUUAAAAGGCCCUGGGAAGGGGGGGUCCAGAAGAACCUAGCAGGUGGAGAAAUUGUCUCCAUGGAGAUCUUUGGGGUGGGUGGGUUGGGAGGUUUUGGAGAAAGGAAGGAAAGUAUAAUAAUAACACAUGUGUUUUGCAAGACAGACUCUGGGGUUCUGAACUGGGAGGAAAUACAAGCCCUAUAAUUUCUUUGUCACAAUAAAAUCAGAUUUUUGCCCUAAA